GAACAGUUGCUUUUUCCUCUCACACAGGAGAUCUCAUUUUGAGACUGGAUAUAGUUGAAAUCAAACGACAUACUGAGAGGGUAUGAUGGCUAAGAACCCCCCGAAACCAGCCCCUCGCAGGAUCUUCCAAGAAAGGUUAAAGAUUACUGCUCUACCUUUGUAUUUUGAAGGGUUUUUGUUAGUCAAGAGGUCAGAAUACCAGGAAUAUAAACAUUACUGGACAGAGCUGAGAGGAACUACACUUUUCUUUUAUUCUGACAAAAAAAGUCCAACAUAUGUUGACAAGUUAGACCUAAUAGACCUCACAUGUCUUACGGACCAGAAUUCAACUGUAAAGAAUUGUGCAAAAUUCACCCUUGUUUUGCCAAAAGAGGAAGUGCAACUGAAGACAGAGAACACAGAAAGUGGGAAAGAAUGGAGAGGCUUCAUUCUUACAGUAACAGAGCUGUCAGUUCCCCUACACGUGUCCCUCCUCCCUGGGCAAGUAAUUCGACUGCACGAAGUCCUAGAGAGAGAGAAAAAAAGGAGGAUUGAGACAGAGCAGACCCCGAGCUCAGCUGUGGAAAAGAAGGAACCGACCGAAGAUUAUGCAGAUGUACUGAGUCCAAUGCCAGCAUGUUUUUAUACUGUGUCCCGAAAAGAAGCAACUGAGAUGCUUGAGAAGAACCCUUCUUUGGGAAAUAUGAUCCUGAGACCUGGUAGUGACAGCAAAAGCUACUCCAUCACUAUCCGGCAGGAGAUAGACAUGCCAAGAAUCAAGCACUAUAAAGUGACGAGUGUAGGAAAAAACUACACUAUUGAACUGGAAAAACCCGUAACACUCCCAAACCUUUUCAGUGUCAUUGAUUAUUUCAUGAAAGAGACUCGAGGAAAUUUACGACCAUUUAUAUAUUCAGCUGAUGAAAACUUUGAGACUGAAGGAUUUCCUGUAACACCUCUAAAAUAAAAAAAAAAAAAGUUUAAGGUGAUGGUGAAUCUGAUAUAAUUUGCUUCAUGUCAGUUAUCUACUGUUAUGUAACAAACCACCCCAAAACAUGGUAGUUAAAUCGACAACCAUUUUAUUUGCUCACGAUUCUGUGCAUUGGCAAUUUGGAUUGGAUUCAGCUGGGCAGUUCCUUUGCUAGUCUCACUUGCUGUCACUUACACAACUGUAACCAGCUGAUGGCCUGACCGGGGCUGCGUGUUUCAAGUUGGCCUCAUUCACACAUCUGGUGCCGGUGGCCAGCUGGAGCUGGCUGAACCACUCUCCUCACGUAUUCUCUAAUACU